CGUUUCAGGUAAUCAGCGCAUCAGUUGCAUGAAUAUACAAUGGGCGACCCCCCUUCUCCACUCAGUGACAAUGCUGCCUUUGACAACCCCAGUUUUGACCGCGACCAGGAGGACGGCAUAGCUAUGAGACAACUGCCAACAGUGCUACCCGCGACACAGACACAGGAUCUGCCCAAUAGUUCUCCUCCUAAAACCAGCGACAUCGAACUCGCUCCUCAUGCACCGGAUAUGAUGAAAGAGAGGACUAUGGGACACGAAGAAGAUGAUAAAGGUAGCAAUAGGGAUAAUAGCGAUGAAGAGGAGGAAGAGGAUUAUAGCUUAUUCACGAUGAUUCCGAAUUACAUCGAGUUUAAGGAAUCUAUUCAUCGUGCUCUGCCGAUUAAGGAGAUGCAACAAUACAGACACAUCUUUUUCUCGAUUCUCUUCGGCGGCGGUUUCGUGAUGUACUUCGCCGCGGUUCUCAUCAUUAAAACAAAAAUUGAGGAAGAAUGGAGUUACUGGUGCGAGGCUGACGGACUGCUGAUUGUACUUACAUCGCUCGUGGCCUUGGGAAUUUUCUACUUCCAGGUGUUAAAACGGAAAAACCUUCCUUUUGGCCGGGCGUUUGAGGUGUACGUGGUUGCUAAUGUAUCCAGAAUUUUCUCAAAGGUUCCAGGCGUCUUGGUGGGUCUGGUGCUGCUGGCAGGCGCCCUGGUCUUCGUGGUCCUCGACUCCUGGAACGACUUCGAGCGGCUUCAGUCCCUGCUGGGCAUCGCCACGCUCAUAGCCUUCGGGUUCCUCUUCUCCGCUGCGCCAAGGAAGGUCCGGUGGCGCCACGUGGGCUGGGGGAUGGGCCUGCAAUUCGUGCUCGGCCUGGUGAUCCUGCGCUGGCCGCUGGGUCAGGCCGUGUUCCAGUGCGCCGCCGAUAAGGUCACCACGUUCCUGGCCUUCACGGACGAGGGCUCCGAGUUCGUCUUCGGGGAGCUCGUGUCGGAGAUGGAGAUCUUCGCUUUCAAGGUGUUGUCUGUGAUCCUGUUCUUCAGCUUCUGCAUCCAGAUCCUGUACUACUGGGGCGUCAUGCAGUGGGUCGUCAUGAAGCUGGGUUGGGUCCUGCAGGUCACCGUCGGCACCACCGCCUGCGAGAGUGUCAACGCCGCUGCCAACAUCUUCCUCGGGCAGACCGAAGCCCCCCUGCUGAUCAAGCCGUACCUGCCGCUCAUGACCAAGUCGGAGCUGCACGCUGUCAUGACGGGCGGCUUCGCUACCAUCGCCGGCUCCGUCCUGGCCGCCUACAUCUCCUUCGGCGUCGACCCCGCCCACCUCAUCUCCGCCUCCGUCAUGAACGCCCCCGCCGCCCUCGCCUUCUCCAAGCUCUUCUAUCCCGAGACGAAGAAAUCCAAGACGAGCGUCUCCGACAUCAAGAUGCAGAAGGGAGAGGAGUCGAGCUGGCUGCACGCCGCCAUGGUGGGCGUGACCAACGCUAUCCCGCUCGUGGCCAACAUCGCCGCCAACCUCAUCGCCUUCUACGCCUUCAUCGCCCUCUGCAGCCACGUCUUCGACUGGACCUGCAGGCUGGCCGGCGCCGGGGAGGAAGUCUGCACGCUGGAGAACGUGUUCGGCGUGCUCUUCACCCCGCUGGCCUUCGUGAUGGGCGUCAACUGGUCCGAGUGCGACCAGAUCGGUAAGCUCAUCGGCCUCAAGAUCAUCGUCAACGAAUUCAUGGCUUACUCAGAACUCUCAGAACUUAUCAAAGCAGGAGCUAUCUCGAAACGCGCAGAGACCAUCGCCACGUACGCCCUGUGUGGCUUCAGCAACAUCAGUUCCAUCGGCAUCAACUUGGGCGGCUUCAGCGCUAUGGCCCCCGAAAGGAAGGCCGACCUGGCCAGCGUCGUGGUGAGGGCCAUGAUCGCGGGGAGCUGUGCCACCUUCCUCACUGCUUGUGUGGCUGGAACUCUUCUGCCCAGCGCGGAAGAAUCUCUUUUCUUCAACAUGACUUCAACGACACAGUUGCUUGAAAGUACCACAUCUUCAUUCUUGUACUAGCAUAUCUGUGUGUACGUGCGUGCCUUUUUUCUGUCGGUUUCUGUGUUUCUCUGUCUGCCUGUUUGUUUGUGCUUUUGUCUGUUCAGUUUUCGAAGUGAGGUUUGCAUGUGUGCGAGAAGAAUGAUAUUCCAAAGCAGUAGUGACAUUUUUUCUCACCUUUAUUCUUGUUUUCGUUUUAGAUAAUGUUAUUGUAAUAUCAGUUUCUAAAAUAUGAUUAUUUAAAUAUAUUCUUCGCAUUAUGUAUAUUUAUUCAUAGAUAUAUACUGUAUAUCUGCGUAUAUACACAUAUAUAUAUCACUUGUGUGUGUGUGUGUGUGUGUGUGUGUGUGUGUGUGUGUGUGUGUGUGUGUGUGUGUGUGUGUGUGUGUGUGUGUGUGUGUGUGUGUGUGUGUGUGUGUGUGUGUGUGUUUCUGCCUGCUUUUUACCUGGAUAUUCUGAAAAUCGAAAUAGCUCAAAAUCCACCAAAAACAAAAGUUGGAGAAGAAAAUUGGCCCUCCUUUCAUGUACAUGUUAAUACAAUUUCAUACUCGUAAAAUGUGAUUCCUAAGAGUGUUCUGAGUUCACCAUUUUUCCGGAACCCAUAAGUCUGCAACACGUUUGAAUCAUGUUUUCGCCGGGGGGAGGGUCCUUGCUUCUUCGAAUUCCCACAUAAACAACUCAGACAUCCGGGACCCUCCGAGACAGAACAAUCUUAACAACGACUAAAGCGACUAAUCGCUGAAGGAGAGAACAUUACGAUAAAGGAUAUUAUGAGCGUGAAAGCGUGAAAAUGAACAAACAUUUAUAAGCUGAACAAGUUAUAACAAAAAAGUGACGAUGAAUAUCUAUUUUUCGUAAUUAUUUUGUCGUCUUGCUAAUCAUGGUAAUCAUUAACGGUACUAUUAUCGUUAUUACCAUCAUUAUUAUUAAUAUCAUAAUUAUCAUACUAUUUACUGUUACUGUUGCUAUAACCAUUGUCUUUACUGUUAAUGUAAUGGUUAGAAUUUAUCAAUGAAAUUUUGUAAUGUUAUUAAAAUUGAGUAUAACGAGAGAUUCGUAUUUAAUCACCAAAAUAGAUUAAAAUCUAGCUUUAUUGUAUAGAUUUUUUGUUAUUUUCCUUUUCGCUUCUAACCGCCAUUUUUAUGUUUUCCCCUGUAAGCUUCCCUGUCUUGUCUUUCUUUCCGCGGUUCCACUCUCCACUCUCUUCCUCCACUUCUUCCUCUUCUUCCCCUGCAUUGGAUCCACAAAAGCUCAUCAAAAUAACUAGGUUCUGUAGAAGCUGUUUAUUAAUAGACACAAAAUACUUCUGGACAUACAUUAAAAUCCUCACUACUAAUGAC